AUGGCUGACCAGUUGACUGAAGAACAAAUUGCCGAGUUCAAGGAAGCUUUCUCUCUUUUCGACAAGGACGGCGAUGGUGCCAUCACCUCCAAGGAACUCGGUACUGUCAUGCGAUCGCUUAACUUGAAUCCCACCGAAGCUGAACUGCAGGAUAUGGUCAACGAAGUCGACAGUGACGGUAACGGCACCAUUGACUUUAGCGAAUUUUUGACCAUGUUGGCAAGAAAAAUGAAGGAUACCGAUUCUCAGGAGGAGAUCCAAGAAGCUUUCAAAGUGUUUGAUAAGGAUGGUAACGGUUACAUUUCGGCCGCUGAAUUGCGCCACGUUAUGACCUCCCUUGGUGAGAAACUGUCGGAGGAAGAAGUCGAUGAGAUGAUCCGCGAAGCAGACGUUGAUGGCGAUGGUCAGAUCAACUAUGAAGAAUUCGUCAAGAUGAUGAUGUCCAAAUAA